GAUGCCCAUGUGUUUGCAGAAGAAUGCAAUAUUCACCAUGUCUUCAGUCCCGGUGCGUCGAUCAGGAUUACAGCAAGAAGUCAUCAACCUCUACCGCCAGUGCUUUCGAGCUGUUAGACUGAAGCCAGAGACGAGCCGGCCACACUUCCAGACUUUUAUUAGGAUGCAGUUCAGGAAGCACUCUGACGUGAAACAGCGAGAUUUUUCCACUAUCGAGUAUCUCCUUCGUAUGGGCAAAAGACAACUCGACACCUACUCUUCUCCCAGCAUUAAAGACAUUACGGUCUAGAUCCCAUCCUUUUUUGGCUCAGUUAGAUUUAUAUGAGCAGCUUGUACUCCUCUUUCCCUUCACUUGCUCUAGCGUGGAAGUCCAUAUUGGCUCAGAGAUGAGAUAGACGUUCAAACUGCUUAACGGCAAGUAGGAUACUGUGUGUCAGAUAUCCUGUGAAGUAAAAGUUACAUUGCUCCAUACAGCCAUUUGGAUCAAAAGCUCCAUCUGGUUCCAGAACAGACAGAUAUCAGAGUAUAUAUUUAUUUUUCUACACCUUCAAUAAACAAUAGAAG